UACAAAUCUCAAAUUGCUUAGAACAAUAGCCACAACAAAUGCUUGACAUUUGAGGAAAUAGUAAAGAGUGUAAACAUGGCUCAGUCAAAGGGUAACAGUGACAAUAGCAAUAGAGCCGUGUCUCGCUCUGACUGUUCGCUGGCGCUUACUUUGAUGGCUCUCCUGCUCCUCAUAACGGACGCGAACUCGAGGAGCAUCAGACUGGAAAUAUUGCCGAGGGAUGCGGUGGAGCAGGGCCACGACGCGACGCUGCGCUGUCACUACGACCUCGAUGGCAAGCCCCUUUUCGCGCUCAAAUGGUACCGCGGCGAACAGGAGAUCUACAGGUACUUGCCCAGCCUGACGCCCGCCAUCAAAAUUUUCAACUACACCUGGAUCCAGAUAGAUGUGAGUUCAUUUGUUUGA